AUGGAUGACACAGAGUUAACUUACAAGUUUUGGAGAAUCCGAAAAACUGUGAUGCAAGUAAGUGACAUUCCUAACAUUUAGUAGGUUUAGCUGAGUUUAAUUUCAACGUGCACCUACAAUAGCACACGAACAAACAUUGAAAAAUAUGCCUAUACACCGUUUAAAAGAAAUCAAGUUGCUUUUUGUGGCAAGAAGAAGAAACCCUGUGGCUGCGAGAUCAGUCAAUAACGACAAAUUUUUAUGUUGCUGACUGUUGAGUUCUAGAUGUUGUGAUUUUAUUUAGUCCUUGGUUUUAAUUUUAUGUUUAGUUGUUUGUCACUAACAAAGGAAAGGAAAAGUUGAACCAAGAGGAUUGCACUCACAACAAAUAGAGAAAACUUGUCACUUAAAUAGCAUAUACCUGCCAACUUUUUCUGAGAUAUAAGCGUGAGAUUUUUAUCCUGGGAGUGCUGGGAUUUUUGAAGACGACACGAUCAUUUCCGAAGAAGUCCGAAGUCUCCCGAAGAUGUCCGAAGUCUUCCGAAGACGUCCGAAGUCUUAGGACGUGUAUAAACGCGAGCUUUUCACUUCAAAAAUCAGAGAUCACGAGGAAAGUAUUGUCAUUUAUUCAUUUUACACAUGGUUUUCGUUCCUUACAUGGGUCUGAGUUAACAUAUUUUUGGAAAUUGUGUCAAGCUGAGACGGCAACAACUCACAUUUUUCAAUCAGGCGUGAGAAAUUGGCCCGCAAGCGUGAGCCGGCGUGAGAUCGAAGUUUUCAACCCGCAGGCGUGAGACUCGCGCCUAAGGCAUGAGAGUUGGCAGGUAUAAUAGCAGUGCUUCAUCAGAAGGCCUUUGUUCCCUUUUUCAUUGUCUCUAGAUGUGUCAUGACAGAGGGUAUCUCGUCACACAAGAUGAAUUGGAUCAAACACUUGAUCAGUUUAAGGAGUCGUUUGGUGACCGACCCAGGUAAAAAUUUCUUGGUUAGCAACGUACAAAGAAAGUUGGAUUCUAUAGCCCAGUGUUUGUGGAGGUUUCUAUCAGGAUAGUGAAUUCUGCUUUUAAUGGCAAGUGAAGUUUUGGGGGGGUAUUUAUAAUUAAGAAGAACCAUAAUCAAACUUUCUUGUCAAGAUAGUUUUUGGGCUAGUUUUAAUGACUAAUGGGCUAGUACUUUCCAGCUACAGCUUGCCCAAAGGAAAAGCUGUAAAACUAAUUGUCUUUGCUCCUGGGUCAGAAAAUAUAAAGGAGAGCAAGAGUUGGUCUCCAGAAGAACAUUGCAGUUUCAGUCUCCUAUCAGGCUAAUUUUCAGGCUCAUUUAAUAAAACAACUGAGGAUGAAAUUAGAUUCUAUAAACUACAAUCAGCUACAACCCCUGACAAAACCUGUUGAGACAAAUCACGAAAAUGCCUAUUUUUUCCUGUCAUCCCGGCAAAAACUGAAACCUCCGCCAAAUGAAUGCCCGAUUUCCCCGCUCCCCUUAUCCAAAGUUGUUUAGGAUAGCAUGGCAAUUAUACACGUUGGUUUUUAGACCAGGGCAACUUUGAAUAGGGGGUGGGGAGGGGGUUUACUUUUUGUGUUUAGGGGAGACGGGAGUAGGGCGCAAAAGUUAGAAAAUAGAUGGAAUUGUCUCAACAGUUUUGUCCGGGGUUGUAGCUGGGCUUUGACUUUACUUGGCUGACGCACGGUAGAAGUCUGGUAUAGUAGUGUCCUUGGCUAGUAAUUCGUAUUAAAAUAUACAUUAAUAGGCAGCAAUUUUCAGUUGUGGGCUUAGUGUCAUAGCCUUUGAGUGAAGGUGAUGCUGAGGUUGACCUUCUUUUGAUAUAAACUUUGUUCCUUCUCUUAUUGGAGAUUAUGUUAUGAAAAAAAUACCAGUUACUAUAAGAACAACAUGAUUUGCAUGCAUGUAGUAAAGAAGGAAGGGUUGUAUGAAAACAAGGCCAGCUACAGCCUCAUUUCCAGCUGUAACUGUAAAAUAGGCUAUUGAUAUUGUUAUAUUUUAGUGAGGGAAGACCUUCUAGAAGUGAUUUGUCAAUACUGGUGGCGCACAAUGAUGACCCUACAGGUAACAAUGCAUGCAUGCAUGUAUACCAAGAAUUAGAUACAUUCGACUCCUGCUAACUCGAACCUUGUGCUAACUCGAGGCAAUUUUCAUUUUCCUUUAGGUUUAUUUCUAUACAAUCUUACCCUCAAUAACUUGAACUCCUGAUAACCCAAACUUUUUCCUAUUUCCCUUGAAGGUUUAGGGAGGGGGGCACUUAAGGGAGGUUUGGGUAGAGGUAUGCUGCUGGGAAAAUUAUAGUGCAGCAUUUCCCAAAAAAGUGCGUCAAUGCGGCAGUCUGGUAAGAACACUGCACCCUGAUGCUGUUUAAGACAAAUAUUGUUUACUUAAUUUCUCUACCCUAUCUAAGACAAGAGGCCUUAUAAUACAUUGUAUGACCGUGACUCUUUUCAUUUUGCAUACAGAUUAAUUUAAACUAACAUGGAAUUUUUGUCUGAAAAUAAUAUUGGUACCAGAAAAUUUGAACACUGACCGCCAACUUUCACAUUAUUCUAAAGGCUUCUACUCCAAAAAGACACCCUGUUGUAAAUAGUGGAAUUGUAUAGUACACUGUUUAAGACACAAGAUCCUGAAGAUUGUACCCUGUUUAGUAGCACUUAUGUGUAUACACUGUAGGCCAAACAAGGUAGUACCCCCCCAGGCCUAGUUUGCGUUUAGAACAGGAAUUAGAUGUCUGUUGAGAAGGAAACUUAGUAUCAUGUUCUUUAGUUAUGAGUGUCACAGCAAACUUGUGAAUGAAAAGUGCAAAUUGAAGUGUUUAUAGUGAAAAUGUUGUUCAUUAUGUUAACCUUGAGCAAUUUUCAAUAAACUUUGUGUUUUUGUUUAAAAUGGGCUAUUACUAUGUAUCAUUUAUUUAAUUUUGAGCUGUUUCUUAAGGCUUGUGUAUGGAAGUUUAACAAUGACAUGUUUCUGUUGAUUUUAACAUGUUGUUGUUAUUUUGUUAUGUUACAGACCAGAUGUUUAUCUUCUUUCCAGAUGAACCAAAAGUUGGAAUAAAAACAAUUAAACAGUGAGUCAUCCAUAAGGUUAAUGUACAUUUUAAAUGCACAUGCAUGUCCAGGAGUUGAAAUCACUUCAAUGGAGGAAACAAUAUCCCCUGAAAUUAUCAGGACAGGACUUGACCUCAGCUGUGAGCUGCAUAACAAGUCCCUUGCUCUGACCAUUUGUACACACUGUCUUCUUUAACGCCUCCAUUUCUCCUACUUUGUUUUGACUUUAUUCAGUCUUGCACAGAUUUUUCCUAACUCAGGCCAAUUAUCUAACUUACAAAUCUCUUCAGAUAUUGUAACAGAAUGCAAGAGGAAAACAUAACAAGAGCAAUAAUCGUUGUACAGAUGGGUAUGACACCAUCAGCGAAACAGGUGAGUACACAACUGGUAGGCGGGGAAUUAAACUUCUAA